AGGAUGCAAAAAAAAUACUGUAGACGUGAUUAUUCUAUACUUUAGCUGGUUAAAGGCGCCAAAAUUUCUGCACCUUCAAUAAGCCAUAUCAUUUGCAUCGUGUUCAAGUCAAGUCUCGGAUGAGCAAUUAAUGAAAGUUCUCAGAUCAACUUGCUGCCAUGGCUAGGGCCACCAAUCGACAGAUCACUUCUCUGUCGUGGUUCUUGUUGGCAGCCAGCAUUUAUUCAUGGUCUGUCAUACAAGAUCAAAAGUCGAUUCCUGGGGUACCAGUGAUUCCUCCGUACGGAUGGAGACGCCACCUAAUGGCACCAUGGUACUCUUUGACUGUGUCCCUGGCGUCUCUGUCUUUGGCAUCCAUAAUGGAAGUUAUGAAAGAAGAGAGGAUAGAAAAGUUGGAGAACUUUGCGACGAUGUCGCUGAAAACAGUGGGUUUGACAUCAUUGACCGGUGAACUGCUGAAUUCCAUGUACCUGAGUGGGUUCCCCGAAAUGUACCCUGAGCUUUGGUCAGUUCUCGGUACUGCCCCAGUACUUCUCUACUCAUACGACUCGGAACGACACGAGGAUCGGUCCACGAGUAUCGCCAACUUGAUCAUUCUCGGCUGCAGUUUCAUACAGGUGUUUUUGGCUGUAAACUACGCUCGGUAUUGGCUUUUGUUGUGCCCACUGAUAUUCUCGCUGACGUAUGCUACUGGAGUCGUCAGAAGAUUCGACGGUGACACGUACCUGUAUUUGGCACUCAUGUCGAUUGUUUAUGCACACGUCGUCGACGAUCUGCCACUGCUGUUCACCUACGUGGGAGUUGCCAACUCACAAAACCAGUGCUGCGAGGCUUCGCAAACUUGUUGCUAGGCUUUGCUAAAAUUUGCCCUGUGCACGUUUUUAUUCUUCUUUUUUUUAAAGCAAACAUACAACUCGAUUAUUCCUCUGAAGCAGUGAAGAAACAAUGACUCCUUCAGCGUGUUUUUUUUUUUGGCAGGAC